AUGUCAGAGAAGCCCUUAGAUCAACCACAAAUCCCAGCCCUUGGAGCAUUUACACAAGACCAGCUGAUGACCUACAAUAUUCUUAAACGACUGAAGGAGUACGUCGGCGAUACCAAUCCGAUUAAUCUGGGUAAUGUGUGUCUCAAUGAGAUCUGCAGAGAUCACGCCAUACAGCUCAGUAAGGACCAACUUACUAUGUAUGGAACCCAGGGAUAUCGGUCCUGCCGCUCCACCCACGGCGUUUCGGGCGGGACGUUCUACUUCGAAGCAAUGCCCCAUCCACCGAUGGACAUCACAGAGGAGGAAAUAAACGCCAUUUCUGAACUACAGUAUCGACCACAGUGGCGUAUCGGCAUAGCAUGUUCUGAGCUUGAAACGGGCUGGGCCGUGGGAUAUGAUUCCUAUGGGUUUGGUCUUCGGUCUGUCGACGGAAGCCUCUGCCAUCUAAGGGAGAGACACACCAGCAACACAAGAUUGGCGCGGAGGGCCCGGAAGCCUGGCGAGACACUUUCUAUGGUGCUUGCUGAAGAGGAUGCAAAGGAUGCUGCCCUCUUUGACAACACAUUGUCAGAUAGCAAUGCCGUGCACACAUACGUAGAAUUUUUCCCAUCAGAUGGACUAGCCGAAAACGUCUCUCGAGGACCCUUUUUCUACGGGCCAGGUGACACCAUUGGUGUCCUGCUCCAUCUGCCUAAAAACCCAGACUUGCCAGAGUUACCAAAAGAGGUUGAGCUGGGUAUUGAUAAGAGCCAUGAAAAGUCACUUGUUAAGUCAGGAACAAAGGCCACCAUACCUAGUCAGAAUACAAGCAUGCAGAUAACUUUAGAAGCAUCCCAGCUAUCCAGUGCUGAUGAAUCCGGUAUACCAUCGAGAAAAAAGAAUGCUGAAGCUCAAAAGGAUGACCUUAGGCCGCUUUCUAAGGGAUCCUUUGCCACUUUUUUCGUCAAUGGAAAACCUAGGUGUACUAUUCACAACCUCCCCCAUGAUAGAUACUAUGCAGCAGGCUCCUCAUUCUUGUAUGGGUCUAUAGAGUUCAAUUUUGGGCCACGAAACACCGUGAAUGAGGCAUUCCCGACUGACUGGAGGUGUUUGCCCUUUUGUCUCACCCCUGCGGACGAAUCCCGCGAAUCUCUGUCAAAAACCUUUCGCUAUUACGAAGAUACUGAACGCUGGUGCAUAGCUACACGGGUUCUUUGUCCGUUUCGCGAGGAUAAUUCCAUCUUAUUUUGUCCAACAAUUAAACCGUUGACAAGCCUGUAUAUUCCUCGUGCAGAAGAUGAGUACAAGGACGUUCUGGAUAUAUUUGCCACAAAUCAGAUGACGCUGGACAUCUGGAACGAAAUAGCAAGGGCCUAUGGAGACACGGUCUACGGAGCAUCCCGAAAACGGCCGAAUAGGGUGCUGCACAUUAAAAAGUAG